AUGUCUUCAAAGCUAGUUCCUUCAGACCCGGCCAAGGUCAUGGUCAUCCGUGAGGUCGUACCCAGAACCAUCACAACAUUCUCCGUCCCGUUCUGGCGCUUCGGCAGGAUAAAGAUCGGAGGACGAGGCACAGUCGUACGCCUCCAAUCCGGGUCGCUCGCCGUCUUCUCCCCUGUCGCCCUCACAGACGAGGUCAGAGCCAAAGUCGCCGAAUUAGGAGAAGUCCGCUACAUCUGCGCGCCAGACGCCGAACACCACAUGUUCCUCGGCCCCUGGCACUCGGCCUAUCCGCAAGCCCAAAUCCUCGGCCCCGAGACCCUCCCCGAGCUGCGCGCAAAAGACAAAUCAAAGGAAGACGUCCCCUUCACGCACCUGUUCCGCGCCUCGAAGGCACUCGAAUCCAUCUCCCCCGAGUUCGACGCCGAGUUCGACUGGGAAUACGUGCACGCGCACGCCAACAAGGAAAUCGUAUUCCACCACCGCCCCACCCGGACCCUCAUCGAAGCAGACUACAUGUUCAACAGCCCGCCCACCGAGCAGUUCAGCAAGACAGGCGUGGACCCCAGAUCGGGCCUGCUGACUAGGAUCUUCGGCGCACUGACGAGCACCGAGGGCAAGGCGCUGGCGCAGCAGCGCAUGAUCUGGUGGGGCGUGAGCGCGUCGGAUAGGAAGAGUUAUGCUGCGAGUACAGCGCGCAUCAACAAGUGGGACUUUGACAGGCUUAUUCCCUGCCACGGCGAUGUUAUUGAGACGGGCGCGAAGAGUGUCUUCCAGAAAGUGCUGAAGUGGCACCUUGACCUGGCGAGGCAGGAGGGGUUCAAGGAUUCGUAG